AUGGCGAACUUCCGGCGGUUUCGCCCCGACGACCUGAACAAGUUGUCGAAAUGCAACCUUGAUCCGUUCACAGAGACGUAUGACCUCGGUUUCUACCUGCAGUACUACGCGAAGUGGCCAUCACUGUUCCAAGUGGCGGAGGACCAGCAUGGGAAUAUCAUCGGAUACAUCAUGGGCAAACUCGAAUCCUCCCCCGACGUCUACCAGUUCUCAGAACACUACCUGCCCUGGCACGCGCACAUCACGGCGGUCACGGUGGCCCCUGAAGCCCGCCGUCUCGGCAUCGGCAAGCUGCUGACUGAGCAACUCGAGGUCGCCGCUGACGCGGGCGACGCCUGGUUUGUCGACCUGUUUGUGCGCGUCAGCAACCACAAGGCGAUCAACUUCUACAAGAGCAUGGGCUACAGCGUGUUCCGUGUCGUUAAGGACUAUUACGGGGAACACGCCACCGAUCCAAGCUUGUCGAGUGAAGAUGCCUAUGACAUGCGCAAGCCGAUGAAGCGGGAUGUGAAGAAGGAGCAUGUCCGGGACGAUGGCGAGAAGCAUGAGGUGGAUCCGAGUGAUGUGUGGUGA